GUAGACGAGCCUUUAGAUUUCUUGAAGAAGCGCGACUUGGAAGCGAUCUUGAAAGGAACACUGCGGUCGUCACCUGGAAACAGCGGGAGUCGAACAGUAGUCGUCGAUGAGAGAGAGAGAAGACAUGCGACUUGACGAGUAAAUCCUACGUGAGAAGAAUCCUCCUGCAUCGCACGUUUUUUCUUGCAAUACUGAAACAAUAAACGAGAAAUCACGACGGCGCGCAGAGGAUCAGACACGACGUUGUGACUUGAGCGGACACGUGAGUGACGUAAUCAUCCAUCGGUCGCUACAGCAGUUGCGAAGUGCGAGAUGGCCGGCAAUUGGUCGACUGUGAAUCGGCGCGCUUUUCAAUUGACCGAGAAUCUGCUGAACGCCCGGCAUUAUUGCGUCAGACAUUUCGUCGAGGUAGCGACACGCACUCCGCGGAUCUGCUUGCCGGCGCGAAGAGGCGUUCAUCUUUCGACCACCUGUUGCAUGCCGAAGCGAAACAUGACAUCCAUACUCUAUUCCAAUAUUUGGGAAACCGAUCCCGAGCUCUUUGAGUUGAUAAAGAAGGAAAAGAAACGACAGAAAUAUGGGUUGGAGUUGAUUGCGAGUGAGAACUUCACAUCUCUCAGUGUACUGCAGUGCCUGAGUUCGUGUUUGCACAACAAGUACAGCGAGGGAAUGCCUGGUCAAAGAUAUUAUGGUGGAAAUGAAUACAUCGACGAGAUUGAGUUACUAACGCAGAAACGUGCCUUGGAAGCUUUCAAUCUAAAUCCUGAAGAAUGGGGCUGUAACGUGCAGCCUUAUUCAGGAAGUCCAGCUAAUUUAGCGGUAUACACGGGCCUGAUAGAACCUCAUGGACGUAUAAUGGGCUUGGAUCUGCCCGAUGGCGGGCAUCUCACUCAUGGUUUCUUCACAGCAUCCAAAAAGAUUUCUGCCACAUCCAUCUUCUUCGAAUCCAUGCCAUAUAAAGUCAAUCCCGAGACGGGUCUGAUCGACUACGACAAGUGUGCAGAACUUGCGAAAUUGUUCAAGCCGAGAGUCAUCGUCGCUGGAAUCUCCUGCUAUAGCAGAUGUCUGGAUUACAAACGUUUCCGUCAGAUCGCCGACGAGAAUAACGCCUAUCUUUUCAGCGACAUGGCGCACGUCUCGGGUUUGGUUGCCGCUGGAUUAAUAUCCAGUCCUUUCGAAUACAGCGACGUUGUUUCGACGACCACACAUAAAACUUUACGAGGUCCGCGCGCCGGCGUUAUCUUUUACCGGAAAGGUAUCCGAAGCAUCGCGAAGGAUGGGAAGAAGAUCAUGUACGACAUCGAGAAUAAGAUCAAUCAGGCGGUUUUCCCAGGCCUUCAAGGUGGACCCCACAAUAACGCUAUCGCCGGCAUAGCUACCACCAUGAAGCAGGUCAAGUCGCCGGAGUUCCUUGCUUAUCAGAAGCAAGUAGUGGCCAAUGCGAAGAGACUGUGCCUCAGUCUGCAGGACCGCGGUUACAAGAUCAGCACGGGUGGGACAGACGUGCACAUGCUUCUGGUGGACCUGCGACCUAUGAGUAUCACCGGUUCGAAAGCGGAGAGAAUCUUGGAAUCGAUCUCCAUCGCGUGCAACAAGAAUACUGUUCCUGGUGACAAAAGUGCGCUGAAUCCCAGCGGCAUUAGACUAGGAACACCAGCGCUUACCACUCGCGGCCUGGUCGAGGCCGAUAUCGACAAAGUUGCGGAAUUCAUACAUAGAGGAUUACUGCUUUCGAAGGAAGUAACUGCUAUCUCGGGACCAAAGCUGGACGAUUACAAGAGAGUAUUAAAUACUAACGAGAGUAUUAAGGCGAAAGUCGCGCAUCUGAGGGAGGAAGUAGAAACAUUUUCAAACAAAUUUCUAAUUCCCGGUCUUGAAACAUAUUAAUAUCGCAGUAGUGAUAGAUUCGCUAAUUUUCGCAAGUUCAGCCGUGCGCCAUUUUUUACAAUGUUUUUAUAAGGAACAUUGUAGAAAACGACACGAAGCAUGGAUCUGUAUUGUACACAGAUUUUUAUAUCGUAUGUUAGAUUGUUGUAAGCAUACUUGAUUUACACUUAAAUAUGCUUAGAUACUAGCAACUUAGAUGUAUAUAGAAGUUUAUGAUACUGUAUAAUUAACGAUGUGACCGUUAUUUGUAGAAUAUUUGUA